AGAGAAACAACAAAUAUUGGGCGAUUGGCAAGAAUGUUUUGAAUUUUAAUUUAAGGCGAUUACCGUAGAAGUUGCUACCAUAGAGUAAGGAAGGAUGGCAACAGGACAGUUACAAACAGGGCUCCCGCCACUCACACAGGCCCCGCCCACCAUGUCACAAGUGGACAGAGAAAAAAUCUACCAGUGGAUCAUAGAACUGACAAACCCAGAAACACGGGAAAAUGCCUUACAAGAACUCAGUAAGAAGAGAGAAGCAGUGCCGGAUCUCGCUCCAAUGUUAUGGCAUUCCUUUGGGACAGUUGCUGCUCUUCUGCAGGAAAUAGUCAAUAUUUACCCAGCAAUCCAUCCCCCUCAUCUCACGGCUCAUCAGUCCAACAGAGUGUGCAAUGCCUUGGCCUUAUUACAAUGUGUUGCAUCUCAUCCAGAAACAAGAUCUGCAUUUCUUCAGGCCCACAUUCCAUUGUUCCUAUACCCAUUUCUUCACACCAUCCAUAAGACACGCCCAUUUGAGUAUCUACGACUGACCAGUCUGGGUGUGAUAGGUGCUCUAGUCAAGACAGAUGAACAAGAGGUUAUAACCUUCCUUUUGACAACUGAGAUAAUUCCACUCUGUCUGCGUAUAAUGGAGGCAGGAAGUGAGCUUUCUAAAACAGUGGCCACUUUUAUUCUUCAGAAGAUUUUAUUGGAUGAAUUAGGGCUUUCUUAUAUAUGUCAGACUUAUGAAAGGUUUUCACAUGUUGCCAUGAUUUUGGGAAAGAUGGUGCUUCAUUUAUCCAAAGAAAUGUCUGCCAGGCUGCUAAAGCAUGUUGUUCGCUGCUACCUGAGAUUGUCCGAUAAUCCUAGGGCAAGAGAAGCACUCAGACAAUGUCUGCCUGACCAACUCAAGGAUAACACUUUCUCAAGUUGUAUGAAGGAUGACAAUGCCACAAAGAGGUGGCUAAUGCAGUUACAGCAGAAUCUAGAGGCCCCAGGAAUUCCAGACCCCAGAAGUAUGCCUUUACAUCAACAGUGAUCAGACAGGACUUGGAAUUUCAAUGACGAUGGACCUGUGAAUGUGUGUUGUCAAGAUACACUUCAGCAUUUAAAUCAUGCUUGAUACAUCAUCAGUGAUCUCAGAUAUAUGACAAAAAAGUAACAUGUAUGUAAAUAAAUUGUUAAGUAUUGAAAAAA